AUGGCAUCAAAGCAACAAAGCCGAGAAGAGCUUGAUGAGAAGGCCAGGCAAGGUGAGACCGUCGUCCCUGGUGGUACCGGCGGCAAAAGCGUCGAAGCUCAGGAACAUCUCGCCGAAGGAAGGAGCAAGGGAGGGCAGACGAGAAAGGAGCAGUUAGGGACGGAGGGUUACGAGGAGAUGGGACGUAAAGGAGGACUCAGUACGAAGGAUAAAUCUGGUGGAGAGCGUGCGGAGGAAGAAGGGAUCAAAAUCGAUGAAUCCAAGUUCACCAAGUGA